AUGGCGAUGCAGCCGGGCGGCGAGGGGGAGACGCUGAUGCAGCGGUGCAAGCCGUACGUGGCGAUGAUCUCGCUGCAGUUCGGGUACGCCGGGAUGAACGUGAUCACCAAGGUGUCGCUGAACCACGGCAUGAGCCACUACGUGCUGGUGGUGUACCGCCACGCCUUCGCCACCCUCUCCAUCGCGCCCUUCGCGCUCUUCCUGGAGCGCGGCAAGGCCCGCCCGCCGCGGAUGACCCCCCUCGUCUUCCUCAACAUCUUCCUCCUCGCCCUCAUGGGCCCCGUCAUCGACCAGAACUUCUACUACGCCGGCCUCAAGUACACCUCGCCCACCUUCUCCUGCGCCAUGAGCAACAUGCUCCCCGCCAUGACCUUCGUCAUGGCGGUCAUCUUCCGGAUGGAGAAGGUGGACCUCAAGAAGGCCAGGUGCAUGGCCAAGGUGGCCGGCACGCUCGUCACGGUGGCCGGCGCCAUGCUCAUGACGCUCUACAAGGGCCGCGCCGUGGAGAUGAUCUGGUCCAGGCACGCGCACCUCCCCGGCCCGCACCAGGACGCCGCCGCCGCCGCCAAGGACUGGUUCAAGGGGUCCAUAUUCCUCAUCAUCGCCACCCUUGCAUGGGCCUCCCUCUUCAUCCUCCAGGGCCCGACGCUGACGAGGUACGACGCGCCGCUGACCCUGACGACGCUCAUCUGCUUCGUGGGCACCCUGCAGGCCAUCGUGGUCACCUUGGCCAUGGAGCACACCACCGACGUCUGGAAGAUCGGCUUCGACAUGAACCUCCUCGCCGCCGCCUACGCCGGUAUCGUGACGUCGAGCAUUGCCUACUACGUGCAAGGGCUGGUGAUCCAGAGCCGGGGCCCGGUCUUCGCCUCGGCCUUCAGCCCGCUCAUGAUGAUCGUGGUGGCCAUCAUGGGCUCCUUCAUCCUCGCCGAGAACAUCUACCUCGGAGGGAUCAUCGGGUCCGUCCUGAUCGUGGCCGGGCUCUACUCGGUGCUCUGGGGGAAGCACAAGGAGGACGUGGAGAAGAAGGAGAUCGAGGCGACGGAGAUCCCCGUGGCGAUCAAGGGCGUCGAGGGCAACGGCAGGAUCAUGGACAUGGUGGAGCUGGACGAGGUGGAGCUGGAGAAGGCCCAGGCCAACGGCAAGGCGGUCACCAUCUCGGUGCCCGCCGCCGCCGGGGAAGCUGCCCGGGUGCAGCGCGACGACGAGAACUGA